ACUGUUUAGUUUUCAAUUAACUUAUCGUUAGACUUUAAAGUGAAUCCGAUGGCGUUUAAUUACUGACAUUCAAAUUUAUGUGCACAUUAUCAUCAAGCUUGAAUUCUCGUGACUUUGUGACAGUGUUUAACCACUGGAACUGAAAUUAUAACAGAUUCUGGAUGAAGAUUGGAACUGUGUAACAGUGAAUAUUGAACAUUAAUAUUAUGAACUAUUGAUUAAUUUAGUGUUAAUUUGAUUAAUUUAGUGUUAAUUUGUUUGUUUUCAUUUAUUUUUAGUGUCGGUAAACCUGGUAUGUAUGGUUAGUUUAGAGUAGUUUGGUCAGUUGAUUGGUUUGAAUAUGUCGGAGGAAGAAGUUGUGGUCUUGGGUAACACACUAAGAAAGUUGGGUCUUUUUCCAAAGCGUAUAGGUAAGACUGAAGAUGACGUUGCUGAGUGGAUGGAAGAUGUUUUGAAAUCUAAAGGUAAGUGGCCGGUUAAAUCGGAUGAUGAAACAGAGUCGUCUACUAAAUCAAGACCACCAGUUAAUCCGAUGCCGAAGUUGUCAAUGUUUUAUGGUGAACCAGGAAAAGGUGAAGUUAGUUACGACCUUUGGAGAUACGAAGUAGAUUGUUUAAUUUCAGAAGGUGUAUAUGAUAACCAUGUAAUACUGUUGGCUAUUCGCCGAUCACUUAAAGGGGAGGCCGGUAAGGUUAUAAUGCGGUUAGGUCCGCAUGUUGAUGUUAAAACUGUCUUAGCCAAAUUGCAUAGUGUUUACGGUACAUGUGAAGAAGCAGAAUCUUUAAUCGGACUCUUUUACAGUGCUAAACAAUAUCCAUCUGAAACGGUUACAGAUUGGGCAUGCCGGUUAGAAGAUAUAUUCGCAAGAGUAACUCGAGAGGGUAGUCCAGAUCCUAAAGAAUCCGAUGAGACAUUAAGGAAUGUAUUUUGGCGUGGAUUGUUGCCACACUUACGUGAUUUGUCUGCUCACAAAUAUGAUAAAUCAACAAGUUUCGACACACUACGUGUUCAACUUCGCCGUAUAGAGCAUGAUGUUAACCAACGAAACUUAUCAGCGAGUACCGCUACUUCGAAGCCAAAUCCUUUUAACAUGAUACAUACAAAGUCUUCUAAUUCUGAAUUUCAGGAACUUAAAGGGAUAGUUCACAGUAUUUCUUCACAAGUUAGUGGAUUGAAGGAUCAAGUUUCGCAAUUAGCUUAUAAAGUUGACAGACCUAAGGUUCCACGAUGGCAGUCACAAGGAAAUGAUUCAAGAGGUUCUUUAAGCAAAAUGGCUCCAGAGGUUAGUACGGCAUUGUUGUCGUUAAUUACUGGGCCAACUUGUCGAGCAUAAAUGUAUUUUGUGUUAUAGUUAUGUGUAGUACCAACAGAAAUGGUGUUUAAUGGUUAUGGUGAAUUGAAAUACAUCUAGAUCGACCAACAUCGACUACGCGCUUACGCGUUUCAUUUAAUUGUUUUAAACUGUAUCAUGUGUCAUUUGUGGAUUAUAUAAACUUAUUUAAACCUUA